UCUUGUGUCGUCAGCCUCACUUGUCGUGUCUCCCUGCUCAUUUUGGAUUUCUGUUGGACAACCUUUGUUUUUGGACUCUGUCAUCAGCCACUCAGUUUAUCUACACAAGCGUGCACUCAGGUAUCCUCACAUGACUUAACAGUCACUACCUUUUCACAUGUCAGUGCUGUCAUUCAGUAAUUUAUCCAUGGAUGUGAGUUGGGCCUUUCCAGUUCAGACUGGUUGAGACUGUGUGCUGCUUGAAGUGCAGAAAAAUGUGAAAAGGCCAGUUUGGCAAACACGUCCUCUUGUUCUAUUCUCCUGUUGUCCCAUCCACCCUUGAGUUUCCUUCACCUGCAUACUUAGGAACAAAACAUCAUGGUCCGUACUCCACCCGGCACAACGAACAUGAAGUUCCAGUCUUACAACCUUGAUGAGGACUGAAAUGUACAUGAGAAACAACUGAAGUCUUAGUUUUCUAAUUCCAGUCUGUCAAACAGUUGCUGUGGACAAACAAUAUUGUCCACUUUUUGGGUGUAUGACUAACUUUGUGUCUUGCUUGUUUUAAUUGUUCCUGAAUGUUUUGGCUGAAGCUGUGAAAUGAUAAAAUAUGAAGGAAGCAGGGAUUGUGAAAAACAAAACAGGAUAUUCCACAUAUCUCAGGUCAUGUUUGUCAGCCAUGCAGAGUUGGGCAAAGCAUGAGACAUAACGCCUCAUGGUAAAAACCCAUAAUCCAUUUAAGAAGGAUUUAAGGGGCAAUAAAAGUGCAUUUAGUGGAAAAUCCAAUAUCAUUUGUUGAUGUCCUUUACUAAACCCAAACAGAGGAGAUUUAAAUAAACAGAAGCAGAAUGGCCGAUCUAUCGCUGACUUUUUGAGACUAAUAAAGCAAUUGCAACUCAACGUGAGAAAGAUCAUGUAUCCUACAUGUAUGUAGGACAUUGGGGUUUGUAGUGACUAAAGGGGAGAAAACAACAUAGAUUUGUAAAAGCCUUAUCGAUAUUUUACCAUUUUCACACAUUGGGUUCCUUUCAUCAGCUUUCCUUCUCCUGUUUCUGUCAGACCCAAAGUCACUGAGUUAUGCUUAAAGACUAUAAUGGCAUUUUGAACAUUGUAAAUUUCAAUUUAAGGGAGCAGCUUUGUUUGCAUUCAUUGUUGGGGCUACAAGGUUUCUUUAAUGACAAACCACUGUUUGCAUUAGAUAUGUUGAAUAAUAUGAUGCUUGAUUGUUUCCAUGUGUCACAACCAGUCUACCAAAUGUAGGCACAUCCUGUGAUUUUAAUCUGACCUCCAUUUCCUGUAUGGUUUAUGUUAUCACUGCUUGACUGUUAUUGCAAAAAACCGGUGCAAUCUCUGGAUUAAAAGAGAAUCAUGAAAAACGAAAAAUCUGAAAUAAUCCUAGUGGGUUUAAGUUUCAUUGGAGUGACGUCACUGACAAAAGCUGCGCCAGACAGACAAGAGAGCGUACCAAAAAAAAAAAAAGACGAAAUACACAGUACAAAAAGGAGGCGAAGGCUUAUUUAAAACACUUAACGUGCCUGAGCCGUGACAAGUGCAGCUGGAAAAAACUGACAUGCGUGUGGGAGGAUGUCGGCGGGAGCAGAGGACACGGUGAUGAUUUCCUUCACCUUGGGGGAGGAUCUGUCCACGUAAUGCGAAGCAACCACACUCUCGCUCGCAUUUGCUCUUCCUCCUUCAGCCGCGGUACAUCACCAGUAGUGAAGCCACAGCUCGGAGAUGUGCUUUGCUCGUGCACAGAGAGACUGGAGUCCUGAGAGAAGAAGACACCUCUGAUAUUUGCUCUCGCAUGGACGUUUUUUUUUUUUAAAUUUAGUAUAUUGUUACUGAUUUGUUUUCAAGGGAGAAGGUGUUCAUUGUUUUCGUGCUGAAACCUUAAGCUAACUGUCAACUACAGGAUGAACAGCAUGAAACGGGUUCCCACACGGGUGAAAAGCAGGCGGAUUGAGGCCAACCUCGGAGCGGAGAGGGAGCAUUUUGACAAGCAGCAGCUUAACAGCAUCAGCAAAGCCAUCACAUCUGCUGAGACGCCUGUGAAGGAGAAACAUGUACGACGGAUCAUCCUGGGGACUCACAGGGAGAAGGGAGCCUUCACCUUCUGGUCCUACGCUCUGGGCUUCCCUUUGGCCAGCAGCUCCAUCCUGAGCUGGAAGUUCUGCCACGUACUGCACAAAGUCCUGCGGGACGGACACCGCAAUGUUCUACAAGAUUGCAUGAGACAUCACAGUUCUCUAGUUGAAAUCGGGCAUCUAUGGGCCAACCUCCAUGACAGAUACGGACAGCUGGUGGGUCUAUAUUCCAAGCUGCUAUGCACAAAAAUGGAGUUUCAUGUAAAGCAUUCAGAUAUCCCACCGAACCUGGAGGUCACAGAUGAAGUCCUGGAGCGCACUGCAGGAACCGACGUUAAUAAUGUGUUCCAGCUCACAGUGGAGGUGUUUGAUUACUUGGAUACAGAGCUGAGGCUGGCCGAGACAGUGCUCCGACAGCUCAACACAUCCAUCGCCAUCUCCACUCUCACGUCAGGCCAGUGUCGGCUGUCUCCGCUCAUCCAAGUUAUCCAGGACUGUAGUCACCUGUACCACUUUACCGUCAAGCUGCUAUUCAAGCUGCAUGCCUGUCUCCCUGCUGACACCUUACAAGGACAUCGUGAACGUUUCCAUGACCAGUUCCACAGCCUAAAGACCUUCUUCAAUAAAGCAAGAGACAUGAUGUACUUCAAGAGACUGAUCCAGAUCCCCAAACUGCCCGAUUCCCCUCCUAACUUUCUGCAUGCAGCCUCACUGGCCAAGCACGUGAAGCCAGUGGUGGUAAUACCCGAUGAGGAAGAACCGGAGCAACAAGACGACGAUGACGACGACCCUGAGCCCCUCAUUGAGGUCAGCGACAUGUCAACAUCCAGCGUACAGGCACAGCAACCAGACAUUUUUGAUCAGACUUUUGGACCUCCGAAUGGAGGCUUCGAUGACAGGGAUCUUCAGAUUGAGAGCCUGAAGCGGGACCUGGAGUUGUUGAGAGCAGAGCUGGAGAGAGUCAAAGCAGAAGCUCAACGCUACAUCACACAGCUGAAGUCCCAAAUCAACAGUUUGGAGGCAGAACUAGAAGAACAGCGUGCACAGAAGCAACAUGCUCUUGUAGAAAAUGAACAACUGCGCAUGGAGCUGGAGGCUACACGUCGGCGAAAUGCAGAACAUGAGAGCUUACAGACCACCUUCAUCGAAGCAGAUAAAAGAGCGCAGGCCACUGAGCAGCGGUACAAUAAGCUGAAAGAGAAGCACACAGAGCUGGUGGCCAGCCAUGCUGAACUACUUCGGAAGAGUGCAGACACUGUGAAGAUGCUGUCUGCAACACAGCAGACCCAGGAAGAGGUGGAGAGGACCAAACAGCAGCUGUCGUUUGAAGUUGAUCGAAUAAAACAGGACGCUGACAUGAAGCUGGAAGAGCAGAAGUUUGAAAUGGAGAAGCUGAAGAGAGAGCUGGAGGAGAAGAUGGCAGAAGUGAUGCGCAUCAAGGCGACUCUGCAGAGCAGCGAGAAGACGUCAGCACAAGUGAACAGCUCAAUGACAGCUCUGCAGGCAGAGAAGGAGCGUCUGAUGCGAUCUGUGAGCGAGAAGGAGGCGGAGCUGUCAUCUCUGCGGCAGACUGCGCAGCUGCAGCAGUCCUCACUUCAGCAGGAGCGAGAGAGGAACAGCAGGGAGCUGGGAGAGCUGCAGGGCAAACUGCAGGAGAAGACAAGUCUGGAGGAGCAGCUGAAGCAGAAGCUUCUGGAGGAGCAGUUUGCUCUGCUGCUGGGUACCGUCACAGAAGCUGAGAACAUCAUCCAAGAUGCUGUUGCUAAGCUAGAUGAUCCCCUCCACGUACGCUGCACCAGCUCUCCAGAUUACCUCAUAAGUAGGGCGGAGGCCACACUGGGCUCCUUGGACAAAGUGAAAAAGGGCCAUACAGAUUAUCUGAGUAACAUGGGGGAUGCUGGAGGGCUGCUGAGGGCUGUGACCCAGUUCUCCCACUUGGCUGCUGAUACAAUCAUCAACGGCAGCGCCACAGCACACAUGGCACCCACUGACCAUGCAGAUCGACUGACGGAGAACUGCAGAGGCUGUGCCACUCAGAGUCUGCAGUUCUUCAAGGACCUGAAGUCCAAGACCACCCUACAGAGGGCAGACCCAGCCCACAUUCGCAUAGUCAUUCAAAAGAUCCUACACUUGGGUCAGGAGCUGCGGCCAAAAAGCAUGGACGUUCGUCAGGAUGAGCUAGGAGAUCUGGUUGAAAAGGAAAUGGCUUCAACAUCAGCGGCUAUUGAGGAGGCAGUCCGCAGGAUUGAUGAAAUGAUGAAUCAGGCACGAAAGGACACUUCAGGAGUUAAACUGGAGGUCAAUGAAAGAAUCCUCUUCAGCUGCACAGACCUGAUGAAGGCCAUCCGCAUGUUGAUCAUAGCAUCCACAGACUUGCAAAAGGAGAUUGUCGAGGGUGGGAGGGGCGCAGCCACCAUUAAGGAGUUCUACGCCAGAAACUCUCGCUGGACCGAGGGACUCAUCUCUGCUGCCAAGGCUGUGGGAUGGGGAGCCACAGAGAUGGUGGAGUCUGCUGAUAAGGUGGUGCUGCACACCGGCAAAUACGAAGAGUUGAUUGUCUGCUCCCAUGAGAUCGCUGCUAGCACAGCACAGCUGGUUGCUGCCUCAAAGGUUAAGGCAGACCGCAACAGUAAGAAGCUGCCAGUUCUUCAGCAGGCUUCUCGCCGUGUGAAUGAAAUGGCAGCUAAUGUGGUGGCCUCAACAAGGACUGGCCAGGAGCACCUGGAGGAAAAAGAUACCAUGGACUUCUCUGGGAUGUCCCUCAUCAAGUUGAGAAAAGAAGAAAUGGAGUCACAGGUGAAGGUGCUGGAAUUAGAAAGUCACUUGGAAAGUGAGCGUCUGCGUUUGGGCGAGCUGAGGAAGAAGCACUACGAGUUGGCCGGAGUUCCUCUAGAGCAGGUUUCUGAGGGGAACGGUGAGACCUCCUCGCCCGCCCAUCCUGCCAUAAUGUCGCCAAAACCCACCAAGCCUGCUCUCAUGAAGAAACCUGCUUUGGCCCAGAAACCCAACAUACCAACCAAAACCACGUUUAAGUAAUGCCUGAGCAGAAGAGGAAAAGGGUACACUAAUAGAUGGUUGGAUUGACCAGAGAAUUAUCGCCUUUUGGUUAACAUAUGGUUCCUUUAAGUUGCAUGCUGACAAUCCCCUGCCCUGUCCUGCUUCUCACUGUUUUCCUGUCCUCUUUUGUUUUUAGCCAAAAUGGACCAGAAGCCUGAUUUGUUUCUUUCUCUCUUUUUUUUUUACCCUUGAUGCCUGUAAGGGAUAUGCUGUCUUAAUAACUGCCUUUCUUUUUUUUUUUAAAGAUACAUAUGUAUGCCAUCAAGACGGAACCCUUUUUAUUUUAGUAUUUGGCAUCAAGAACAAAAAAAGUUUAAUGGUAUACUUUUAGGCUGUGUGAAAGUAUUUUUUUCUGCAUCACUAAAAUUGUAGGUGAUCAAGCAUUACUGCUGCUUUUAGAAUAAAAACUUGGUGAUAAUCACAAAUCAACAGUGUAACUUGUAUGUCAGUAGUUAACUUUUUUGCACGAUAUUUUGGACGUUCAUUCCAGAGCACAUCACAUUUUUUAAAAUGUACACUAUAUGCUAUUUAUGUUGUAAAUAGCACACUGCAAAAGAAAGUGGGGAAUCACAUGUUGCUGCAAAAGUUUUAGAUACCUCUGGCUUUGCCUUCAUGAUGGACAUUGUUCCUUAGAUGUGAAAAACUGCAUUUCUUUCUCAACAGUACACGAUUGUCUUAGAGGCCUUGAAAUGUACUGUACUAAUGCAUUGAAUAAUACCUGUAAAGACAUACAGUCUGUAUAUGAGUGUGCAACAUCACAUCAAGUAUAGUUUAUAUCUACACACAUGAAUGUCCCUUGUUUGAGGAGAACCUAGAUAUUAUGUUAAAGAAUACAGAUAGGCUUGCACACAAAUAAUGGAUGUAGGUGUCCUUGAUCAUCAAAUGCUUACAGGGUCUUAAAAUUCAUCUUUUUAUGUUCUGUUCUUUCCUCUGUAUGAAAUGUCUUUAUACACUCAGAUCUAUUAAUAUAUUUUAGUAAAGAUAAUGGUGGUUUCUCCUUGUAAGAAUUGUAAAUGUCAAACAAAUGAACAAUAAAUGUUUGAUUUAAUGUCC